AUGUCGACUGCCCCCAAUGACAAUACACCGAUAGCGAACGCUCCUGCCUCGCAUCUUUCCCAACCAGCUGCCAUCCCCCCUGCCAACUCGACCCAGCCAGCGUCGCUAAGCGCCUCAUCAACCGAUGCGCCGGCUGUUGCAGCCCCUACGAUCAAUGCCCCGAUAGACGAUCGCCCUGCUACUUCCACCAUCAAAUCAUUCUCUCCAGCUACCGAAUCGAUUCUCGAACGCUUGCCUCCACCGAAUCUAUCCGCCGUCUAUGGUACCCAAGAGUGGGAAGCUGCCAGGAAUGCUGUCCUCAAGAAUAUGACCACUUCGACCACGCUAGAUACCGGCGGUGCAAACGAUAUCGGCUCGAUUGUCAAAGAGGAGCAUAUAGACUCAUCAAUCCAUGUCACGAGUACUCCUGUCGUGCGAGGCAAGAAUCGCGGGGGCCGUCCACGAGGCAGUCGAGGCAGGGGCAGGGGUCGGGGUGCGAUGGCAGGAGCCGCAAUGUCUCCAUCAUCAGCUGCUGCCGAAACGCCACCAUCCACAGGUCGGGGUCGUGGCAGGGGAAGAGGAGGUCGUCCGAGAGGCAGAGGUGGCAGAGGCGGCAGGAAGCCUCUUGCUGAAGGCAUCAAGGUUCACGAAGUCAGCUCUGACAGCGAAGACGCCGACGACUUGAUGGACGAUGCUGAAAACACUGCGCUGGCGACAACCUCUCGAUCUGGACGCGCCAUCACCAAACCCACCACCUUUGUUCCCGUCAUACCCUCACCCACCUCUGGCACAAAACGGAAGCGCAAUUGGGGACGUAGGAACCCGGAACUGGCAGUGUGCAAGCAAUGCCUCCGACCUCACAGUCCAGCCACCAACAUGAUAGUAUUUUGUGAUGGCUGCAACACCCCAUACCACCGCUACUGCCACUAUCCGCCCAUCAGUCAGGAAGUUGUCGAUGUAGCCGAUAUGGAGUGGUUCUGUUCAGACUGUACCGUCAGACCGCCGCCCGAGGUUGAUGUUGACUCUUUCGUCAGCGGCGGGGACUUGAUGGACCACCAGAAACGAGAAGUCUUGUCGUUACUCCCGACACAUGCGCUAGUCGAGUUGUUACUGCGUGCAGAUCUAGCGCAUCCAGAACUCGCACUGUUCCCACCAGGAGCUUCACAUACACCUAUACCUACCACACUAGAAGCUCUACUAAACCCUCCGAAGUCCAGAGCUGAAUCUUUACCACCCAAUCCGCCAGAGCCUCGGUCUGACGAGUCGGAACAUGCAUAUUAUCCGCUACCAGUACGACCAGAUGACGACGUGGAUGAAGGGUAUAACGAACUUGAUAAUCCUACAGCGAACUAUCCAAAGCCUGGCGAAGGAUUGGCAGCAUUGCUUCCUCCUGAGGAAAAGGACUUGAGCUGGUUGGUGGACAAUAACGAAGAAGUCUACAGCCACUUCAUACCGCCGGCUGAGCGGUCUGGCGGGAUAGAUGAUGCGACCAUGGCAGGUGCUGACCAAGUCGUCGGCUGA